CCGCUCUCCACCGUGGCCUGGUUUGUGGCUCCAGUCGGACCGCGCUUGGGGUUCUUCGUGGGCUUUCCGUUUUGGUUCCCCUGACCAUCUCUUGGGCCACCUGGUGGUUCUCCAGGAGGUUGACCAGGGCAUCAAUGGAGCGGGGCCCCUGCUGGGCCACAUAUUUCUUGACGUCCGGGGCCAGGGCUCGGACACAGCGAUCCAACACCACCCGGUCGAGCAGGGGCGGCCCGUCGCCCUCGACUAGCCAACUUUUGGUUAGCCUCCCCAGGCUCAUCACCUGUCCUCGCGCCGGGAGGGCGGGGUCAUAGGCCCAUUGGUGGAACCGCUGUGCCCUGGCGGGGAGGCUGUAGCCAUACUGGGCUAAGAUGGUAGCUUUUAGGGUGGGGUAGUCGUGGGCUUCGGCCGGAGGCAGUCCCCGGUACGCCUUCUGGGCCUCCCCGCUGAGGAAUGGGGCCAGGAGGGAGCCCCAGGCGCCUUGAGGCCACUUCUCCAGACGAUGAUACAUAGGCAAAGCAGCGCUUUCUAAUUGGUCCGCCAUGGUUGGCCCCCCAGGGCGAAGCCCUCAGCUGCUGCAAUACCAGGAGGUGGAUUCCGGCAGAGCAUGUGGACGUGUGCUGUCGCCCGUUUACACCACCGCCCUGCCUCCCCAGGCCAGCGAGCCUGACGCCAUCUGCAUCCCCUCACCCUACGUUGAGCGCGGCCAGGACUUUGGCGCGCUGACCCUGUACAGCCCACCCAUGCUGGGCUUUAGCGUCCCCGACAGCCCCACCCCUCGACCGCCGUUCCUCUGGCCCCCACACGCCCGCAUGUCCCCCCUAACCCUGAACUGCCACCAGUCCCACCACCCGCAUCACGAGGCCUACCACAACCGGUGGACAGAGCCUAAGCCACACAGUGCCACACCCAAGUGCAGCGAGCCCGAGGGGUCCCGGAUGCAGGACAGAGAGGAGCUCUGUGCCAGCUCCUCCACGGGGGGUCCCACAGAAAAGGUGGACGUGCAUUUCUGCGAGGUGUGCGCAGACUACGCUUCAGGGUACCACUAUGGAGUCUGGUCCUGUGAGGGUUGUAAGGCCUUCUUCAAGAGAAGCAUUCAGGGGCAUAAUGACUACAUCUGCCCGGCGACGAACCAGUGCACCAUUGACAAGAACCGGCGCAAGAGCUGCCAGGCCUGCCGUCUUCGGAAGUGCUUUGAAGUAGGCAUGAUGAAGUGCGGCAUGCGGCGGGAGCGUGGGAGCUAUCGGGCUGGCCAGUUCCAGCGCACAGCCCGGCCGCGGUGCUCCAGGGCGGCUGGGUCGGAGGUCUGUGUCCGAAGGACCAGGGAGCUCGGCCCGACCACGCUCACACCCGAGCAACUGAUGUCUCGCAUAAUGGAGGUGGAGCCGCCCACAAUCUAUCUGAUGGAGGAUGUUCAGAAGCCCUUCACCGAGGCCAGCAUGAUGAUGGCCCUCACCAGGCUGGCUGAUAAGGAGCUGGUCUACAUGAUCACCUGGGCCAAGAAGAUCCCAGGGUUCAUGGAGCUUGACCUGUUUGACCAGGUGCACCUGCUGGAAUGCUGCUGGUUGGAGGUGCUGAUGGUGGGUGUGUUGUGGAGGUCUUUUGACCACCCUGGAAAACUAAUCUUCUCCCCAGACCUCAUCCUUAGCAGGGAUGAUGGCAACCACGUAGAGGGGAUCAUGGAGAUCUUUGACCUGCUGCUGGCCACCACCUCCAGAUUUAGGGAGCUAAAACUGCGGCAGGAGGAGUUUCUGUGCCUGAAAGCCAUGAUCCUCCUCAACUCCAACAUGUACCUGGUAUCUCCUAACAGUGAUGACGUACUGCGGAGCCGGAACAAGCUGCUUCGCCUUUUGGACUCUGUGACCGAUGCGCUGGUCUGGGUCAUCGCCAAGACUGGCCUGAGUUUUCAGCAGCAGUCUGCCCGGCUGGCUCAUCUCAUCAUGCUGCUGUCUCACAUCCGCCACCUGAGCAACAAAGGCAUGGACCACUUGCACUUCAUGACCCUUAAGAAGAUGGUGCCCCUGUACGACCUCCUCCUGGAGAUGCUUGAUGCCAAUAUAAUGCAGAGUAACCGCAUAACUAACCCCGUCCCCCCUGGCCCUGGCCUUACCCCUCCUGACUGUGGCCCCUCCACCCAAGAACCUCCAGACAAGGGUCCUGCCCACUCAGAGCAUGGCCCCUCCUCCCAGUCCCCUGCAUCUGCAAGGGUGGCCCUUAGCCCUGCCUCUCCAGCCCUUGUAACCCAGAGUGUGAAGGAUUCUGUCAGCGUUGAGCGGGGCACUGUUGCACGCAGUGUGCCAGAGAUUCUGGAGCCUGAGUGUGCGGCUCCCAUCCCCCAAGAGAAAGUCCCUGUGACAUUCUGGGAACGAGAUCCAACCCCUCCCUGACCCUGUCCGUGCCUUUCCGAAGGACCACCAGAGUUUCAGUUGACCCAAAGGAACCAGGGAGCUGGAGAACCUUCUCACAGCACAUGGACUGUGGGGGACUGGUGGGGGGGUAUUCAAUCCAUUUGCCAUUUCUACAAAUCACCAAGGCCUUCUUUAUGAAAUCUGUCCUGUAAAUACAACACCAAAUCCAUCCAUCCACAGUCAAUGUGUUUCUUCCCUGAUUUUCUUUAUGUAGGCAAAACAGUGCUGGUUUCUAAUAUGAGCAGAUGAUGCCCAUAUAAUACCCACACCUCUUUUAUGCUAUGAGGUAAAUUGUAAAUUGUGAAGUUCUUAGAGUUUCCAGGCAUUUAUUUGUCUGUAUUAAGUUCGGGCAUUUAGUUCAGAUGGACAUGUACAUGCUGAUAUUUUCUCCAGCUUGCUUCAAGAUAGGUGCCAUAAUCAGCAGUCAUUUACCUCCACAUGUUUGCAGCACAGUCUCAGCUUCAAGUAUUUCCACAUACACAUUCCUCUUCGCUAUCUGGCGAUGGCCAGCUAAUGAAAAGGUCCUUCUCAAAUUUUUCUUUUGAACUUUUUUUAAUGUUUUUUUUUUUACAAAGAGAAUCCUCCCAAUUCAAACAAAGUGCCUCUUUGCUCUAUAAAUUAUUGACCAAAUUUGUGCACCUGUAACCAUCUUAUCACAAUAUGUUAUGGCAGUGUAAUUCGGGAAAUGUAAAAUUUAUGCUGUUAACAAAGUGAUCAGGUAAAGACCAUCAAGGAAUAUGGUAAACUCACCGUGUUCUGAACACCAAGUUAGCUCACUGUGUUCCGAACAGUGGAACUUUCAUGACGCAUAAAUCAAAAAAUACUUCCAGAUGAGCUUUGGUUUUUGUGUGUGUAAAGUCUUCAUUCCUUCUGCUUUCAUAAAAAGUCACAUAUGUAAUCCAUUUCAGCCUACAGUGACGUGGUAAUGGUGACUCCACUGUAACAUUGUGGUGGGGAAGCUGUUGCUAACGAGAGACGACGAACCAGGCAGGCUUAUACGGCUCAGCCUGCAUAACAGUGAGUAGGUGUUCGGACCAUCUUGAGCUAACGCGGUCUUCUGAACACAGUUGUGCAGUUAUUUGUCAUUUUCUCUAGAAAUAUUGGUCCAGUUAUCAUCAGUGUCUGGUUUAGUGUCUGGGAUAGUCAAUAAGCAACCAUAAUCAUAAAGCACAUUCCUCAGGAGAAAAACUACCAUUGUACGGGUGUUAACUUCUGGCGGAAGCAGACGCUUCCCCAUGUUCUGUUCGGAACACUGAGUUUAUGUAAGACUUUGACACUUCAACCCAGUCAGUUCAUAUUUCUGCAUUUCUACUACGAAAGUACUUUGAUGGAAUAUUUCUGAGCCUGCUUUGAGAUGAAAAGGCUCAGAGGCUUCUGAAUUAGUGCUUGUGCAAUGUAACAGCUGUCAACAGUAGAGCGAUACAACAAAACUAAUAUACAUCAUUAAAACUAAUGUGCAAACUAA